AUGGCACCACUCAGGCAAGCUCGCAUACCAGCGUUCUACCGUAUCUUCUUCACUUGGAUCGACCCCGCCAUCAGCAUCCCUUCGAUAUGGGCGCAUUUCACAGCCCCAGACACCAUCCUGGACGCUUACAUCCCCAAGUCCAUGUCAGUACGCAAUCCGGAACAUGACAUGCUCUUUUUCCACCUCGCUGGAAGCUUCAUGACCAUCGCUGUGAUGAGCGCAGUUCUCCUGCGUUACACGAGUGAUCUAGGCGUUUGGAGGAUUGUUCAGUCCGGUAUCAUCCUCUAUGACUUCGAGCUUCUGUACUCGCUCUGGCACUUCAUGGGGAAGCAGGGACGUCUGGACCCCACCAUUUGGAGGCUAGAGGACUGGGGUAAUUGGGCCAUCGUCGGCACGGUCAUUCUUGUGAGACUGGCUUUUCUCUCUGGGGCUGGGCUCAAGAAAACGAACACGAAGGGGAAGCGAUCCUGA